UGCAGGCCGGCUACAGCACAGCCUCCGCUCCGCUCCGCGCGCAUCACGGCAAAUCCGUGGAGUCCGCGUGCUCCCGGUGUGAAAAAAAAGUGCGCACCCAGCCGGAUAAGCCUGUCAUCUGCAGGGAAGAAGACGCACCACGGGCCGAGAGGAAACAGAGAGAAAAUAAAAGAAAAAGAAAAGAAAACCAAAUCAAACCCCCCCAAACAAACAAACAGUAUGAUGUUGAAGCAGCACCUGCUCUUCGUGCUCUGCAGCGUCUGCGGGACUGUCGUUAAAGAGGCGGCAACGAAAAACAAAGCAAAAGGCAGUCAGGGCCAGUUUCCCGUCACCCAGAACGUGACGGUGGUGGAGGGAAGCACAGCCAACAUGACCUGCCGUGUGGAUUACAACGAUAAUACUUCCCUCCAGUGGUCAAACCCUGCACAGCAAACCCUUUUCUUUGGGGACAAGAAAGCCCUGAGGGACAACCGGAUUGAGCUGAUUCGAGCCUCAUGGAAGGAGCUGACCAUCAGCAUCAGUGAAGUGGCUCUUUCAGAUGAGGGACAAUACACGUGUUCACUAUUCACCAUGCCCAUCAAGACCUCCAAGGCUUUCCUCACUGUUCUGGGAGUGCCAGAGAAACCAGAAAUCACUGGCUUCACAAGACCUGCUGUGGAAGGAGGAAAUGUCACGCUUACAUGCAUAACAUCUGGAAGCAAACCAGCUGCCAACAUCCGAUGGUUCAGAAAUGACAAAGAGGUGCAAGGUGUGAAGGAGGUGAACGCCACAGGCAGGUCUUUCACAGUGAGAAGCACUGUAUACCUCCAAGUGGACCGGAAAGAUGAUGGCGCUGCAUACACCUGCAGCGUGGAGCACAUUGCCCUGAACUCCACUCCUCACCAAGUCACAGAGGUGUUGGAGGUCUACUAUGCACCUUGGGUAAAGAUCGUUCCUUCCUUAAAUGUGCCACAGGAAGGACAGUACUUCAAACUGGAGUGUACAUCAAAAGGCAACCCCCUACCUGAUCGAGUGUUAUGGACAAAAGAUGGUGGGGUACUUCCUGAUGCUGAGCGAAUGAUCAUGGAAGGCAGAGAACUAAUCAUCACAAACCUCAACAAAACAGACAAUGGCACAUACCGGUGUGAGGCAAGGAACCAUCUUGGGACCAACAGUGAUGAAUAUGUACUGUUUGUGUAUGAUCCAAAUGCGUUGACUCAGCAUGGUCCUGAUCAUGCACUGAUCGGAGGAGUGGUGGCUGUGGUGGUCUUCAUCACACUGUGCUUCAUCAUCGUCCUGGGCCGCUAUCUUGCCAGGCAUAAAGGGACAUACUUAACCAAUGAGGCCAAAGGAGCAGAGGACGCCCCUGACGCAGACACGGCCAUCAUCAAUGCGGAGGGGAACUACGCACAUGCAGAGGAAAAGAAAGAGUACUUCAUUUAGCACCUCUGUUUCUUCCUUUCUGUUGCGUAACUGUCACGGCAA